GAUUGUACUUUGGGUGACGCAUAAAAUAAGUCAAGUCCUAAAAAUUCGGAUUAUACGAAAUUACGGAAUACAAAGUGUGAUUCAGUGUUUUCCUCAAGAGCCAUUGAUCUUUAUAGCAUUUUACUGAACUAGGCUACACAACCAUGAGUUUUCUGGGGAAAAUAUUCGGUGGUAAGAAGGAGGAGAAAGGUCCAUCAACACACGAAGCUAUUCAGAAAUUACGCGAGACCGAAGAAUUGCUCAUCAAAAAGCAGGACUUCCUGGAGAAGAAAAUACAAUUAGAAGUAGACACAGCCAGGAAACAUGGCACUAAGAACAAAAGAGCGGCCAUCGCUGCACUUAAACGCAAGAAGCGUUACGAGAAGCAGCUCACACAGAUUGACGGCACGCUCAGCCAGAUAGAGAUGCAGAGAGAGGCAUUGGAGGGAGCCAACACUAACACUCAAGUACUGAACACAAUGCGAGAGGCGGCCGCGGCUAUGAAACUCGCUCACAAGGAUAUUGACGUAGACAAAGUGCACGACAUCAUGGACGACAUCGCUGAACAACAUGAUGUGGCUCGCGAGAUCACUGAUGCCAUCAGCAACAACGUGGCCUUCCCAAGUGACAUUGAUGAUGAGGAGCUGGAGAGAGAGUUGGAUGAACUGGAACAGGAGGACCUGGACAAGGAGAUGCUGGGCAUCAACGUGCCCACGGACCAGCUGCCCGACGUGCCGUCCGCCGAGCCCGCCGCGCCGCGCCCCGCCAAGGCGAAGCCCGCUAGCGAAGACGAUGAUGAUCUGGCUAAACUUCAAUCGUGGGCGACAUAAAUGUAAGUGUUGGAAGCUAAACCGAUUACAUAUGUAUAGUCUUCGUUGCACAUCCAACUACUUAGCUUAUUCUAAGGCUGCGUUCUAAGGUAAACGGUUAAAAAUAAGGAAGGCCGAAGACCGAGUGUUGUCUCUCCUUGGGAUUGGCCUAUGUUCAACAGUGGACGACAGCCUAAUGACUUUAAUUUAUUAGGUACUAUCUAUGGUCGAUCUAUUUCCCUGAGCAUCAUCGCUUUGCCCUUUCAGGGCUUUCCCGCGGGAAUAACGGGAUAAAAAGUACAGAAAACCUUCCUCUGAAAUCACCAUAAAAAACAAAUUCCGUUGCGUAGUUUGCUUUACACUAUGUAGUGAUUUGAAAAGCUGAGUGUUUGGAUGUGUAACCGUUGUAUGGUUUGUGAUAAUUUGUACGAUUGUGUAAUAUUUGAAUAUGCAAUUACGCUCAUUGAUUUUAUUGGGCUUAAAUUAAGAAUUUUGUUGAAGGUUUAUUUUGUUGGCUGGAUAUUCAAAUAUUACGUAAUCUUACCGUCUUUCGGAUAUUGUAAUGUAUAGGAACAGAAUUGAAAUCUAAAUCUGAAUAGAAAAUAAUUAUUAUUUUCCCUCUUUCACAAAUAAGAACCAUAACUUUUUGUUACUUUCGCUGAGUUGCACAAAGGAACUUUAAUCUAACGUCGACCUUAAAUGUAUCGCUGCCUUGCUUUGAUAAAAAAAGGAUAUAAAGAGGCAGAUAUAGAUUUAAUUCCCAUAUUAGCUUCUUUUUUGCAACUCAGCCUUAGAAUCUCACAGACUGUUCAUGCAAUGUAAGUCACCGUACAUUCUUUACCAAAUGUUAAUUCAACGGGAAAUAUAAUGUUAGUAAUUUAAAUAAGGUUUUUUUUUUGUUUUAUUUACACUAUUCAGAUUUAGAUUUAUAAAAGAUUGUCCAUUUGGUGCAGUCGGUCGCGAUAGUAAUAUUAUCAAAAAUUGUUCAUCAAUCACACUUAUGUAUUCAGUAAGUACCUAACGUAGCUUUUGCCGACUGUUAGGAGGUUUGGUUUAAAAACUGGUGUAGGAUAGGAAUUCACAUAUUGGCGUUUAAAAACACCAAAAGUCUUGCAACUUUUAAACCAUCUUCAAAAUGAGGGAAGUUACGUAUGUUUCCCUUUUUCACAUCAGUUUUAAGUCAAACCUUCGUAGGAUAAUGUAUUCAUGUUAAGAUUGUAAUCGGAAGUCUUUUUUCUGCCUUAAUAAUCACAAUUAUACAAUUUGUAGUCAAAAUAUUGAUGGUGUUCUAAGAGGCAGGGGAAAAUUGUUUAUAUGUUGUAUAUAUCUUGCUAUUAUUUAUAAUUCUAAUAGUUUAUGCAGGUAUGUUUACUUUUAAUCAUUUUAUCAAAGUGUUGUGUCCCGAUAAUUUGUGUAAAAUUUCAAAUAAGUUAAACAUCAUACAUAAAAUAUUUGAAUGUCAAAAAGAUUUUAUUUUUUUAUCAGUUUUGUUACCUUUGAUUGUAGCGUGUCUGACAAAGUUUAGUAAAAUGCAUACUUAAUUCUUCGUAUUAAUAUUCAGUUAUAUUCUAGAUAGAAUUCUUAAUACUAUUUAGUUGGCGUCUAUGAAGCACCAUAUAAAUGUGUUCCACUAUAUACAUCAUAUACAGGAUGUUUCAAAAAAGUUAUGGGGGCUCAGGCUGUAUUAAUAGUAUGUAUAUGUAUAUAUUCUAAAUAUAUUUUUUAUUUAUGGUCAGGAAACUAUCACGUUGUCAGAUAUGCUACAACCUCUUUGUUGGUAAGGUUAGGAUAAGCUCAAAAAGAAAGUUUUUUGUGCAAAUUAUUAAUAUUAUUCUAGAUAGAUUCGCUUUAGCGCCUAUCCUAAUGUAAACUAAUAACAUUUUCUAAGCGGUAAUAUUACUUGUGCAUAUGUUUCAAUAAAUUUUAUUUUAAGAAUA